AUGCUCGUCGGCUCAGGCUCAUCGGCUCAGGCCCAUCGGCUAAUGCCCAGCGACUCAGGCCCAUCGGCUCAGGCCCGUUGGCUUAUGCCCAUCGGGUCAGGACUAUCGGCUCAAGCUCAUCGGCUCAGGCCCAUCGGCUCAGGCACGUCGGCUUAUAUCCAUUGGUUCAGGCUUGUCGGCUCAGGUUCGUCGGCUCAGGCCCGUUGGCUUAUGCCCAUUGAUUCAGGCCCGUCGGCUCAGGUUCGUCGGCUCAAGUUUGUCGGCUCAUGCCCGUCGGCUCAGGCCCGCUUGUCGGCUCAGGUUCGUCGGCUCAGGCCCGUCGGCUUAUGCCCAUUGGUUCAGGCCCGUCGGCUCAGGCCCGUCGUCUUAUAUCCAUUGGUUCAGGCUUGUCGGCUCAGGCUUGUCGGCUCAGGUUCGUCGGCUCAGGCCCGUCGGCUUAUAUCCAUUGGUUCAGGCUUGUCGGCUCAGGUUCGUCGGCUCAGGCCCGUCGGCUUAUGCCCAUUGGUUCAGGCCCGUCGGCUCAGAAUUAUUUGCACCUCUACAUUUCCUAAUGUUAUCUAUCUAUCUAUCUAUCUAUCUAUCUAUCUAUCUAUCUAUCUAUCUCUCAGUCUGUUCAUAUCUAUCUAUCUAUCUAUCUAUCUAUCUAUCUAUCUAUCUAUUCGGCAUGUGGUGUCAGAAGAGGGACAGAUGAGUCGUUGGUGGUCUGUUCCCGUCCCAGGAGCUAAAAGAGACCAAGAGUUUCAUAUCUCCCGUUGA